AUGGAAGAACUGCCCAUUUUCGAGCCGACAGCAGCGAAUGUCAGUGCAUUUGUGGGACAAACCGCAUAUCUACCGUGCCGCGUGCGAAAUUUGGGUGACAAAGUAGUUUCUUGGAUGAGAAGUAAGGACCUCCAUAUUCUUACUUCGGGAAAUUUUUCGUUCAGCUCAGAUGCGCGAUUCGGACCCCAGCACACUCCAGGCAGCGACGCUUGGACUCUCAGGUUGGAUAACGCCAGGAAGACGGAUUCUGGGAAAUACGAGUGCCAGGUCAAUACGGAACCGAAGAUCAUGUAUGCAGUGCAGCUCUCUGUGCGAGAUCCAGACAAACCAGAGGGCUAUGACGAGCCAUAUUCUCAGCAGACACGUAUAAGCUACGAGAGUACAGCGCCGGUGGCAGACAUAAUGGGUCCUCGGGAGCAAAGGGUGCCAUCGGGCUCGACGAUCACCCUGAGGUGCGUCAUAUUGUCGCCGUAUCAGACCCGUCCCAUCAGGGGUGUACAAUGGCUUCGGGAUAACAAACUCCUAACAUUCCAGGCAGCGCGCGGAGGGAUAAAUGUAGAAACCGAAAAGGGUGCGGCACGUACAGUAUCCGUGUUGACUUUGGCGUCGGUGACUCAAGAUGAUGUUGGAAACUAUUCAUGCAGGCCGACGGAGGGUCGAUCAGCCACUGUCAGCUUACUCGUUGAGGAAGGUUAG